AUGUCGCUCGUUCGUCUGCUUGAUCCAAUAGCACUUGGCCGGAGCUUGUCGAUGGUCCUCGGGAAACCGAUACGGGAUCCCACCCGUGCGACGGCCUACGUCGAUCCUCUGGGCGCCUCUCCCGCUUUCAGCACCGUCGGCGGUGUCAUCACCAUCUUCACCUGGGCAACAAGAGCAAUACGUCUGCGCCAGGUUAAGCAAAUGACGGAUGGGAUGCAUUUCCGAUGA